UUGAGGGCUUGAAAAAAACAAAAGAAUUUAAAAUGAAAACUGAAAUAUUUCUGAAUAUAAAGAAUUUGAAAAGAAAGCCGAAGUAGCAAAAGAAAAAGACAGUAUCUCAUAGGAGUUGUGGCACUCAAAGCUCCACUCGUCUCUCUUUCCCCAUCAAAAUUCCACCACAAAAAAGCCCAAAUUCCUCCUGAUUUUUCUUUCCAAAUUUAUUCAAAUUAAUUUCGAUUGAUUUCCGAAGGGUAUUUAUAUCUUCAGCUAAUUCAAGCUAAGUGCUUUCUCACUUCUCAAAUGAAAUUGAUUGACAAAUCUUCACGUACAAACCCAGCAGAUGGAAGGCAAUCAUAAUUCUAUCCAAAAGGUCUUUAUUUAUUUGAAGGACUACUACAAAGUUUUGGAGGUUGAUUAUGAUGCAACUGAGGAAAAUAUCAGAGUAAAUUACCUAAGGCUUGCACUGAAAUGGCAUCCUGAUAAGCACAAGGGUGACAGUGCUGCUACUGUAAAGUUCCAAGAGAUCAAUGCGGCUUACAAAGUUUUGAGUGAUCCUGCUAAACGACUUGACUAUGAUCUAACUGGAAUCUAUGAGAUUGAUAAGUAUACUUUGCGGGAAUAUCUUGCCAGAUUUAAAGGAAUGAUACUUACCUGCAAUGGGCUUGGUAUUAGUCAUUUGCCAAUAUGAACUGAAGGUCUCAGAAUGAAAGCCAGAACUGAAGGUCACAGAAUGCAAGCCUAUUGAGCUGAUACUUUUUAAGUUAGCCUGUGACUUCAUUCUUUAGGCAAGAAUUUUUCUGCCAUAUAUACUCUAAAGGCAAUACUUAUAUAUCCUAACCUCUAUUUUUUUUAGUAUACCAUUAACUGACUCUAUUUUUGUUUUCUAAAUUUCAUCCAUGUUCUGGUCCAUUUAGGAAGGCAAUCACAUUGUUGAUUGGUGAUUAACCACUAAUUAUACCUUUCUUUGCCUUUUGGCUAAAGUUGAGUGCCAAUGACAUUGAAGCAUAGCGGAAAAGGACUUUAGGAAAUUCUGGGUGAAGUUUUGUUAGUCGGGCUCGUAGACAUGGAUUGUUCCUCCGCAAUCUGAGACGUGUUCUAAAUCUAAAUCUUAGACCUCCCUAAAGCAAUUUUUUAGCUUUUGCUCCCCUAUCAUUUUCCAAAGAAGUGAAGCUCUCAUCAUACUUCACUUGAGCAAUGGUCCUCUUUCAUUCUUCUAGAGCCUUAUUGUACAACAUCACAAGCAUGAAAGAAUCACUACCCUAUUUUUCUGUUGAUUACAUUCUUCUGAGCUCUUCUAUGCAUUUUCAGACCUGGCAUCAUUUUAUUCAGUUUAUAAUUUCUUCUUUCCAAUCUCUCUCCACAUGAGGUCAUUCCCUUGCAUUGUCAGUUGCUUUCCUUCCAAACUUCUCAAGCCUGAUUUCCUAUACUGAAUCAUUUCCAGCAAAGUCUAUCCAACUGCCAUUUUAGAAUCAUAGAUUGAUUUAUUUUUCAAUACUUUUAGAUUUGGUACAUUUGAUUCAGCAGAACUGGCUGGGCAAUGUUAAUUUAACUAGCUUUUGUAAUUUUUAUCAUUAUUGUGGGCUACUUAUAAUUUCUAUAUACCA